GAGAGACGCUUCAAAAUGGUGAGAGCCAUCAAUUUCUUCGUUUUCUGUUUCAUCCGUAAUGGCGAUUGUGCAUCGUUUCUGCCGCGGGUGAUUUUUUAAGUUCGGAUUUCAGCUGAAAUAAGUGGACAGUACGCAAAAACUCGUUUUUAAAAACAACGCUAGUGGCUGCUUGUAUUUGAGGGGAAAGAAGGAAAACAAACAUGUCCGUCGCUUAUUCAGCACAGCAACAGGCCCAGCAGCCUCCGAAUCCCGGGCAACGGGGCGGUCCUCCGGGUGGUCCAAUGAAUCGUGGAGGAGGACCCCCGCCCAGUCCGAUGCACAUUCAGAAGAUCCUGGAUGAGAAUGCCGGACUGAUCCAGACGAUUCAGGAUUUCCAGAACAUGGGCAAGGCGCACGAGUGCAUGUCUUACCACGUGGCUCUGCACCGCAACCUGGUGUAUUUGGCCAAUUUGGCAGAUCCCCAGCAUAACAUCCAGGCGUUACUUCCGCCGCCUCACGUCCUGCAGCACGGAAGUGGACCUCCAAUGCAUGGUGCCCCACCGGGUAGUGUUGGGCCAGGUCACGAGAGUGAUCCGUCUCAUGGUGGCCAAGCACAGACACCGGGGCCAAACCAUGCGGCGGUGCCGCCUGGCGCGCCACAACCUCCGGAACAGGCACCGGUGCCGCAAGCUGGUAGUCAACCCCCGACCCAGCCACCAACUAGCCAAGCGCAUCCGCCGCCACCGAAUCAGCCUCCCGCUGGAGGAUAUCGUGGUGCGCCUCAACCGGGACCUCCACCUACUUCCACAGCUGCCGGGCAAGCUGCGCCCAACCAGCAAGGUCCUCCAGUUCCCGGUCAGCAACCUGGCAGACCUGGACCUCAGCAGGCACCUAUGCCUCAGCAAAAUCAAGGAUAUCCUCCACAACGUGGACCUUACCAGCAACAUGGACAUUACCCAGGUUAUCCACCACCAAACCAACCCUAUCAAGGUCAGCCCGGUUACCCACCAUAUGGUCCACCAAAUCCUGCUCAAGGAUAUCCCCCAGCUGGACCACAAAGCUAUCAUCAUGGAGCCAUGCCUCCUACGACAUCUGGUACCGGUCCGCCACAGGCAUCGCCCUACCCAGCAGCAGGACCGCCACAAGGACCUCAAGGUGGACCACAACAAGGCAGCUAUCAACAGGGCCCACCAAAUGCGCCCACAUCACAGCCACAAAUGUAUGGACCUCCUGGUCAGUAUCCACCUCAAACAGCCGGUGGUCCUCCAAUGCCUCAUAGCUACCCUGGCUAUGGCAGUCCCAAUCCUCCGGCAGCAUAUGGACAACCUCCGGCCGGUUAUCCACCGGUCAGUGGCCAACCGAGUUAUCCUCCACCACAGCAACAAUAUCCACAAGGUUAUCCCGCCGGGCAGCCGGUGCCCCACGGUCCCCAAACUACGAGCGCUCCCAGUCAGCCAAAUCCUCCUGCUAGUGCUCCGCCAACCCAAACUAGCGGAGCCCCAACAUACACCAACCAAUCUAGCCCGGCUCCAGGACAAACGGCUUCCACUAGCCCGAGCACAAAUGUGCCACCAAACAGUGCUCCACAUUCGGCUAUUCCCCCGACCACUUCCACCGGAUAUGCUCCACCGGCAGCUCCCGGAGCUCCAGGAGCACCUCCGCAGGCGUACACUUCUCCACCGGUUACUGCAGGGCAGCAUCCACCCCAAGCAAGCUACCCUCCGCAACCGCAGGCACCUGGCCCUCAAGGCGGGGCUCCUCCACAAUCGUAUUCUGCGUCACCUCCAGCCGGACAACAUCAGCAGCCACCACCGGGAAGCUACGCCCAGGGAGCUCCAGGUGGUCCCCAAGGUCAAGGUCCACCACCAGGACCGGCACCCGGUGCUCCGGUUGGCUAUCCACCACAUGGUUAUCAUCAACAGGGUUACAUCCCUCCACCCCAAGGUCAAUACCAGCAACCAGCUCAGAGUUAUGCCCAGUAUCAACGACCACCCAACAGCCAAAUGCCACCGCCUGGACCCCAAGGACCUCCUCCGCCUCCACAAGGAGCCUACGGUUAUGGAUAUGGACAGCCACCGCAGUAGAAAAUCUCACGGAACUCGAACCAACUCUAGCGCGAACAAAACAGCCUAAAUUGAACUGUGCACCUCAAGUUUAUUUUUUUCGACGAAACACCUUUACAGUGUUGUAUUAUGUUGUCAUUGUAUUUUUGUCCAAACUGCGGAAAACUUCGAUUUAUCCUCUCGAUCUGACUUUACAUUUUCUCUAGGGGAAACAAGCAUGGAAACAUUAGAGUAAAACUGUUAGCAGAUAACCAUUGUGGAAGCUGAAACGAUCAAAAAUGCACCACUUAACUGUAUUCAAGAUGUGUACGUUGUAAGAAAAACAAAAAAAAAGUAUAAUAAAUGAUUGAUAACUUCA